AUGUCAGCAGGACCUAUUUUGGAAAGAAAUCAGGAUGCUACAAUUUACGUUGGCGGUUUGGAUGAGAAAGUAACUGACGCAAUUUUAUGGGAGCUAUUUGUGCAAGCAGGACCAGUUGUAUCAGUAAAUAUGCCGAAAGACCGAGUGACAAGUUCACAUCAGGGCUUCGGUUUUAUUGAAUUCAUGGGUGAAGAAGAUGCUGAUUAUGCAAUCAAGAUCAUGAACAUGAUAAAAUUAUAUGGAAAACCAAUAAAGGUAAAUAAGGCGUCAGCCCAUGAGAAGAAUAUGGAUGUUGGUGCAAAUGUAUUCGUUGGCAAUCUGGAUCCAGAAGUGGAUGAGAAAUUACUUUUUGAUACAUUUAGUGCAUUUGGAGUUAUCUUACAGGUUCCAAAAAUAAUGCGUGAUGCUGAGACGGGUAACAGUAAAGGUUUUGCAUUUGUGAAUUUUGCAUCUUUUGAAGCAUCAGAUUCAGCAAUUGAAGCUAUGAAUGGGCAGUUUCUUUGUAAUCGGGCUAUCACUGUGAGUUAUGCAUUCAAAAAGGAUACAAAGGGCGAACGACACGGUACUGCUGCUGAGCGAAUGCUAGCUGCACAGAAUCCUCUGUUUCCUUCAGACAAACCAAAUCAGAUAUUCUCUGACGGGAAAUUGCCACUUGCACCUGUACUUCAUCCACCACCACCAGGUCCUCCAAUGCCUCCACCGAUGAUCCCGCCGAUGGCUGGACCACCGCCAGCAAUCUUUCCACCACCGCCACCACCUAUGCCUACACCUGGCGCAACACCAAUUCCACCGCCACCUCCACCGCCUGCUCCGCCAACACCGCUCGGCACUCCCAGACCACCGCCGCCAAUUAGUGCUCCGUUACCAAUGUGGGGAAUGCCGCCGCCACCACCGAUAACACCCGGGAUGCGACCACCAGCAACACCGACGCCGACGCCACCUCCACCACCUCCUCCGCGGGGUUUCCCUCGAAUUCCACCACCGUUCGCUCCUAUGCAAGGUCGUGCGCCUUUCCCUCCACCACCACCUCCUUCAGUGCGAAUGAUGCGCCCUCCACCACCUCCCAUCAUGCGUCCUUCUCGACCACCACCUCCUCCAACAUCUGCUCCCACACCAACGUCGUCAUAA